AUGAGUCAAGUGCGUCUGCUUCUCCUCCAAAGCUCCUCACUCGCGGCGCCGUGCCCCUCUGCUGUAGCUCCCUCUUGCUCACCUUUCCGUACUUUGUGUGCCACUCCUAACUCGGGCUGCUGCUAACUUGGGCUGCUGCUAAUUCGGGCUGCCGCUAAUCACCUAAGACUGAUUGCCCUACUUAUCCUUGCCUGACGCGGGAAAUAUUCUUAACCAUCUCGGCAAGAACAGGGUGCUGCAGAAUCCUCGGCCCGCGAAUCAUGCGUGUCCAUCUGACCUAGCCGGCAGCCACAAUGAGAGUCAUCGGCCGACCAACAGAAGAGAGAUCAGUACAAUCAUCAACCUUAUCAUCAGCCAUAGUCCAAGUUCGCAGAUUAAUUAGCAGGCCUAGGCUCUACGCAGCUCGACCUACUAAUUACUCACCACCUCAUUUAGGAAACAUCGCGCUUCGGCGGAACCUAGCGGCGCUCGUGGUUCUGAGCUUGCUGACGUGGAGUUUUCCGCCCGCCACGUGUUUUAACGAGUUCGGGCUGCUCGAUUCUGAGUCAGCGCCUUCGUCCGAAGUCCACGGCGCAGUCAACGGCGCAGUCAGCGGCGCAAUCAGCGGGGUCGAUCCUAACCAAAGCGGCAGCGACACCACCGAUUAUUCUCCCUCUUAUUACGACGACUAUGACCCAGCCGAUACCACUGACGGGCUGGCUGGUAGUAGAGUUGCCAGCCGAGCCGUCGCUGCGGCUGCGAUCCCGUCAGCGACAGAUGACAGUCUCACGGCGUCGCUCGGUUUGUCGCACGACGCCGUGUCUCGCCUUGCGACGUCCGCUUCUGAUCGCGCCGGUGAGCCGUUCAAACUGCGACCAGACCUUACCGUAGAAAGCGGCGGCGACGGAAACGGUGACGGAAACAGCGACGGAGCGAAUCCGUCGAAGGAGGACGGAGCCGCGGGUAGCGGCAGGGAUGACGGCGGGGAUGGCGCCGGGGAUGGCGCCGGGAAUGACGGCGGGGGAAGCGCAGAGAAGGAUUCGAGCCCGCCUGACGCGGAUGGCGGAACCGGCGACUACGGUGACCUGAGUACCGACGGUGAUAGUAGUAGCAGUGGUGACGGAACCACCGCCAGUGGCGUCGAUAGUGGUAUCGUCCCCCCCCCGUCUCUCCCCGCCACCUUCCCCCAGCCCGCCCCCUCCGCAACUGUCGCCUCCGCCCCCUUCCCCCUCCAAACCCCCUCCCACAAAAUCUCCUUCCCCUCCUCCGCCGAAAUCAGCUCCGCCGCCGCCGAAGUCCCCCCCCCCACCUCUCCGCCGAAUCCCCCCCCGCCGUCGCCUCCGCGAACUCCUCCGGCUUCCGCUGCUUCCGCGCUGUCAUGGGGCGGGUUCAAGGUGCGCGAUAGUAGUGGCGUCUCAAGCGGAAAUAGCAGCAAUUCGAGCACGAAGGCAAGUGGCAGCAACGGCAAACCAAGUAACGGCACCAGCAACAGCAGUGGCAGCAGCGGCAGCAACGGCAGCAGUGGCAGCAGCGGCAGCAGUGGCAGCAGCGGCAGCAGCGGCAGCAGUGGCAGCAGCGGCAGCAGCGGCAGCAGCGGCAGCAGCGGCAGCAGCGGCAGCAGCGGCAGCAGCGGCAGCAGCGGCAGCAGCGGCAGCAGCGGCAGCAGCAGCAGCAGCGGCAGUUGGGGGGGGUCGAACCGUAGCACAUCAACAUCGCUGCUCUCAUCAGGGUCGGGCUUUAAGGGCCGUAAUGGCAGUAGCAGCGGCAGUAGCAGCGCCAGCAGCCCCAGCGGCAGCAAUAAUAGCAGUACCAGCAGCAGCAUCAAGGGCAGCAGCAGCAGCAGCGGCAGCAGCAGCAACGCAACCACCUCACCCGGCGGCCAGGCCCUUCAUACCGCCAGCCCGCAUUCCCCGCCGCCUUCGUCAGCUCUGACAUCCAUGACGCCUCGCAACCCGCCUAGCAGCAGCAGCAGCGGGGGGGGAGGCAGUAGUGGCAGUGGAAAUGGCACAGGUGCUAGUGGGAGCACCGGUGGGGGUGGGAGUUUUAAGAGCGUCCCGCCUUGGUCUUCUGGAGGGAAUGGGUUCAAGCCGAAGGCGGGUAGCAGUAACAGUAGUGGUAGCAGUAACAGUAGCAGUGGUAACAGUAACAGUGGUGGUAACAGUAACACUAGCAGUGGUGGCGCUAGUAGUGGGAGCGGCAGUGGCAACUCAACAGGAGUGCUUAUUACCAAACGGCCCAUUACCCCUCGAGUCAACAGCAGCAGUGGGAGUAGCAGCAACAACAGCGGCAACAGCAGCAGCGACAACAGCAGCAGCGGAAACAGCAGUGGGAGUGGCAACAGUACCUUCUCUGGUACCCGUCCCAUGACAAGAAGAAACAGCACCAGGAGUAGCAACAGCAGCAGCAGCAGCAGCAAUAGCAGCAGUACAGGAUCGACUUACAAGGGUACAGCCUUCAAACUCAAUUUGAAAAACAGCGGUUCCAACAGCAGCACUGGCAGCAGCAGCAGCAGCAGCAGCAGUAACAGCAGCGUCCGCUUCCCACCAUCCACCGGAUUUGCAGCAGGCCUUUCCAGCACUUACAGCAGCAGCAGCAGCAGCGGUACAGAAGAGAGGCGGAAUGGAGAUGAAAGUAGAGCGGGGAGUGCGGAUGGUGGCGGGUCGACUUUUAGGAGGAGACAGAGCGUUCCCACGGCCAAUGCAGGGACUUACAACAUCAAAUUCGGUACCGGUGGUUAUGGUGGCAGCGGCGGCAGCAGGAGUAGAAGGAACAAUGCUGCUGUUGCUGCUGCUGCUGCUGCUGCUGCUGCUACUUUCGAUUUUGAAGUGAGUGCUGAUGCUGAUGCUGAUGCUGAUGAGGGAGAUGUGGGCGGGUACGAUAUUGAUGGUGAUUAUAGCGAGGGUAGUGAGAGCACGGAGGAGGAGCAGGAUGCUGGCCGGAGCAGGGAUGGGAAGGGAGGCAGCACGGGUGGAGGCAUCAGUGAGAACGCACGGCUGCAUGUGAAUCACGGUGCUACUGCCAUUGCUGCUGCUGCUGCUACUGCUACUGCCGCCACUGCUGCUGAUGCUGGUGGUGGGGAGUAUGGCACUGUGGGUGGUGGUCAGCCCUCCUCCCCUCUCUCCUCCCAGUCCUCCUCCCCUCUCUCCUCCCAGCCCUCCCCCGCUCUCUCCUCCCAGCCCUCCCCCGCUCUCUCCUCCCAGGCCUCCUCCCAGCCCUCCACCCCGCACUCCUCCCUGGACUCUCCAACUACAGCCGCCUUGUCUCCCCGCCCUAACCUCUGGUGGCAGGUGCUGCUAGACGCGGGGGAAAGCUAUGGGGGGGCAGGGCUAGGAAUGGGGUACUCUGACGGGGGAGGGGGAGGCGGAGGGGGAGGCGGAGAGGGGGAAGAGGGGGCUGGGGGGAAGAAGGCAGGGGUGGAGGAGGCGUCGGUUGACUAUAGCGAUAGUGACUAUCAGGGGUUCGAUUGGAGCGGUAUUGACGGUGGUGGUAGUGGUGGUGGUUCAGCUGCUGCUGCUGCUGCUGAUGGUGCUGGUGCUGAUGGUGAUGGUGGUGAUGUAAGUGACAGUGAGGAAAGUGACUAUGAGGGGUUUGAUUGGAGCAGCACGCAUGAUGGAGGAGGGGCGGAUGUGACUGUAGGCAGCGGCAAUGGUGGUGACACUGGGGGUAGUGGUGAUAGUAAUGAUGGUGCUGCCAGUGACGAUGGUGGAGGAGGGGUCAAUGAAGCAUCGGACGACUAUGAGGGGUUCAAUCUGGAUGGAGGGGGGGAUGAUUCCAGUGAUUCCAGUGAUUCCAGCGAUCCCCAGCAAGGGAACGGUAGUGCCACAAAUAGCACUGUUGCUGGCAGUGGAGCUGCUGAUAGUGACAGUGGUGCGGGUGGGGUCACUGGCAGUAGCGACUACGCCGCAGCUGAUGCUGCUGCUGAUGGUGAUGCUGAUGGCACCACCACCGCCGCCGACAGCGAUGUCAACGGCGGCAGUUCGGAUAACACGAGCGGCGACGGCGAGUACAGCGAGUCACAGGGGGAGCAAGACGACGGCAGCAUCGACGCUCUGGACUACCUCCACGUCAGAGACGGCGGUGCCACGGACGCAUUGGGCCUCCGAGCCACCUUCACGCCUCAGCCCAGCAGCAGCAGCAGCAGCAGCGGCAGCAGCAGCAGCGGCAGCAGCCGUGGCGGCCAGGACUCUCGCACGGACCCCUCUCGCAUGAAAUCCCACCGAGGCUCGCCCUCCCCCUCUUCCCCCUCACCCCCCGGGUCUUCUUCCUCCUCCAACAUGUGGCCUUCUACCUCCCCCUCCCCCUCCUCCUCCUCCCCCUCGUCGCCUUCUGACGGCAAGUCCGGGUUUAAGGGCCGACAGAAGUCCAAAGGAGGAGGAGGAGGAGGAGGAAACUCCGCCUCUCCACCCUCUAGAGACUCUGGCUCGGGCGUGUCCCGUACCGCCCCUGCCGCCCCUACCGGCCCUGGUUUCCAGAAUAAGGCGCCUAAGCCUGCUGUGGGGGGAGGCGGGGGAGGGAGCGGGGGCGGCAGCAGGGGGGGCAGUGGUAGCAGCGGGGGUGGGGGGAAAGGGGGAGGGGAGGACGGGAGUGUGGGGCAGCUGCACCUGCUGUCACGGAACGAGACGAGGGCGAGGUGUCUGGAUGGCAGUGCUGCGGGCUACUACCUGCGCAGAGGGUUCGGCUCAGGGGCCAACAAAUGGAUUCUCUUCCUAGAGGGGGGAGGGUGGUGUUUCAACCCCAAGCAAUGCACUGCGAGGGCCAAAGGACCGCUUGGGAGCUCAAGGCAAUGGGCUUCCACACAUCCACUCAACUACGGCGGGGUAGCGAGCACGGACAGCAGCGCCAACCCUGCUUUCUUCAACUGGAACUUCGUCCUUCUCAAGUACUGCGACGGGGGCUCCUUCGCCGGCUCCGCCUUCGGCCGCCCUGCCAAGCCUGACGCUGAUGAUGAGGCGGGGGAGGGUGGGGGGGAUAAGGGUGGGGUGGCGGGGGGAGGGGACACGGGGGAUCUGCGCACGCUGUUCUAUAUGGGGCACUGGAACCUGCAGGCGAUUCUGCAAGACCUGCUAGCAAGGCGCGGGCUGAAGCACGGCACGGACGUGCUGAUGGGCGGGUGCAGCGCGGGCGCCGUGGCGGUGUCCAUGGUGUGCGACCCUGUGGCGGCUUGGCUUGCGCGCUUCCGCAUCCGCACCAAGUGCUUCAUGGACGCGGGGGUGUUUCCAGACGUGGUGGACUACUACGGGCAGCGGUCGCUGCGGCACAAGGUGCAGCGCAUGGCGGGCGCGCAUAACAUCAACCGCGCCGGCAUCAGCACCCCCUGCAAGCGCUCUCUAGCGAGCAGCAAGGACGCGUGGCGGUGUUUCUUCCCCGAGUACAACCUCAACUUUGUGCGCACGCCCAUGUUCCUCGUCAACUCUCUCCUCGACUACAAGGCCGUCGCCGUCUCCCUCGCCCCGCGCAGCAAGUCCCGCUCCAACCCGCUCCUCCGCUGCAUGCGCUCCCCCCGCUUCUCCUCCUGCUCGGCCUCCCAGCUCCGGCUGCUGCGCGCCUUUUCCCACCGGGUGAACAGUACGAUCUAUGGCAUAGUGCGCAGCAGGGCGGCGGCAAAGGUGCCGUUCCGGGCGUUUACAUUCAGCGCGUCAACGCAUUGUGUGGUGGGGAGUAAGUACUGGAGUAGCCUGAGGAUGGGGAUGAGGGAGGGCGGGGAGGGGGAGGCAAGUGUGCGGGACAUGAAGGAUGUGGUAGGGGGAGGGGGAGGUGGAGGGGAGGGAGUCGGUGGAGGUGGUGGUGGUGAUGUGAGCAGCAGUAUCAGCAGCAGCAGUGGCAGUGGUGGCAGAAGUAAGGGGAGGAGGGAGGAGGGUACUUUGGAAGGGAGUUUCACAGACUGGUACUUCUCUUGAACCUCACAUCACAUGGGCUCUGUUUGGCAAAUUGGCAUCGGCAUGGGCCCUGGAUUAACCUGCAGAGUGUCAGGUGUCAGGUACACAGAGUGCAGAGUGGAACUGGAACCACCUGCUCUAUCAGCGUCAAGACUCAAGAGUCCAGACCAGAAUCCACACCGGUAGUGCUUAUUAACCUGAGCACUCAUACCAUAUGAUGAGGCAUCCAGUCCAGACCAGCUUGGCAACAGCACCCUAGCACAGACCAGCCUGCUACUUGACUGUCUCGGAUCAGUACAUACAUACACCGCACCUGCAUACAAGGCACCAGCAAGCACCCUCUCUGCUCACUCACUCGCUCACUCCAAUUCCCCCUUGCAUACACUUGUACUAACUGAUUAACUACUUGUGGUGCCACUAGUGGAACUCCUGACCGGAUGUGCUGGCGAUGUUUGUUUUCAUAUGCAGACUCACUAAACCAGUAUUCACAAC